UCAGGAUAAAUUUUAAGAGAAAAUUCUCUCCGUGUAUAAAAUAUAAAGAUGAAGAAUAUAUAAAGUGUAACACUGCCGUGAAACACAAUACGAACAGAAACGAGUAGAGCAAGAAGGAAAAUACAUAAAUUUCGUGCUGCAACUUAUGUAAAUAUUGUUAUGCAUAACACGAAUACAUUAUUGCAAGAUAUACAAGCAAUCAAUUAUCGCGGUUGGCUGAUUAGUAAGUGCGGUUACGAGGCAAUCUGAUUCAUCGUAAGCUACGCCACGAGGGGAUUUCUAUUGAUAAAAAAUGCAUCAUUCGAGAGCGAGAAGGGAAUUACCCGUUAGACAGUUAUUAUAUAUGCACAUACAUACAAUGAGAUAAGACACGUUACGAACGAUUAAAAAAUUAUUAGAUAUGCUUCUCGUAUCUUCCAAUUUGUAUUAUUAGUUUAAUUAUUAGUGAUAUAAACAUUAUUCAUUAAUAACUUUAUGACGGCAAUUAUGUUAUUAUUUAAUUUGACGUGAAUCUUUAUUGCUAAAUAAUUCGCUAUAUGCUUAUUCUUCGAACAGCUGAUCCCGAUCGAUGAAACUAUGGCAACGUUAAGGAAACAAACCUCUGUCAUCGUUCACGGUUCAAGUGAGGGUGGCAGGUCGGACGGGCAGUCCUUUUUUUCCUUCCUGUCAUAUUUAACGAUCAUAAAUCCACGUAGAUCGCGAUAAGAGUCAUCGGACAAUUCGCUCCUCGGUUCAUUCACGGUCGCCGUCAUACAGACUCUGAGAGCAAUCGUCGAGGGACGCGCCGAUGGACACUCCUCGGCUCCGACCAUGGAUAUCAAGGACAGCAGCGAGGAGGAGGACGAGAGGACGCACGACAUCCCGGCCUUCGGUAAAUUCGACGAGGCGAUCGUGGUGCGUAACGCCGAGGAGAUCAAGAGCCCGGUGAGCCACAGGCCCGCGAGCUCCAAAAGGACCAGGAGGAGCAUGGCGAGCGACAGCACGAGCACGUUCGCGUCCAACUCGCCGCGCGGCGGCAAGCACGAUUUCCGGAGAUACUCGGGCAACGAUGUCGGCUUUGAGAAAUCACUGGGGCUCGGCAGCGAUCCUUCGGACAGCGAGGAGACCGACGACGACGACAUACAGGGUAGCAGCGUCGCGAAGCCGAUCGACCUGUACGAUCCGAAGGAAUUUGAGAAUCUGGAGGCUUCGACGGAGGUCAAGGAACUGUUCCAAAACAUAAUAAGGUACACGCCGCAGAGGCUCGAGCUCAACUACAAGCUGAUACCGUUCGUUCCUGACUACAUACCGGCGGUCGGCGACAUAGACGCCUUCAUAAAGGUGCCGAGGCCUGACGGUGUCGAGGACAAGAUCGGCCUGACUGUGCUGGACGAGCCGUGCACCGAUCAGUCGGAUCCGGCGGUGCUGCAUCUGCAGCUGCGCAAUCACUCGAGGAGCGCCGGCGCCGCGGCGAGGCAGGCGGUCGUCAAGAGGAUAGAGGACGCCGAGAGGAACGGCAAGUCGAUCGACAAGUGGAUCGACGAUAUGAAUCAACUGCACAGGAGUAAGCAUCCGCCAGGCGUGCAGCUGAGCCGCGCGAUGCCGGACAUCGACGGGCUGAUGCAGCAGUGGCCGGCCCAGGUCGAGGACAGGCUCAACGAGCUGCAGCUGGAUCUGUCCGAGCUCGACUGCGAUCUGCCGCAACUCAUCGACGUCGCCUGCAACCUCCUGGACAUUCCCACGCGGGAGAGCCGACUGGAGGCCCUCCACACGCUCUUCACGCUGUAUCUGGAAAUCAGAAACGUCGACAGCCAUAACUUUAGUUAGCUUUAGUUAGCGUUCGACGUAACAGAAUGUGUAGUUAACGAGACAUUAGGAGUCACGUUUGUUGUACUUGUAACUCGAUAUGAAUUCCAUGUAUCGGUAAUCACGCAAACGCGAAUUGUACGGAUCUUGGUAGACGUAAGAUUUGACUGUAAAUGAUCGCAA